AUGUCGGCCACCCGCGCACGUUUCCUCCUCACGCGCGCGCUGGCGGGCGUCGCGUCACCCCGUAGCCCCAUGGCCAUCGCCCGCCCGCUCGCCACCAAGGCCCGCUCGGCCACGCCCGCCCUCGCCGGCACCAAGCUCGACCCUAGCGAAAGUUUUAUGACGGGCACAAACGCUACAGUCCUCGAGGAAAUGUACGAGCGCUAUCGUGAGGACCCCAAUUCCGUCCAUUCGUCAUGGACCACCUUUUUUCACAACCUGGAAAUUGGUGUCGCCCCCGGCGACGCUGUCGAGCUUAUACGCGUCAAUCGCAACAAGCUAGAUACCGUCCCAGCUGGCAUGACGCCUGGAAAGGAUUUGUUCCAGAUCUCCCAGGAUACCAUUCAACUCAUGAGCAUGAUCAGGGCAUACAGGCACAGGGGGCAUUUGGUCGCCGAUCUUGACCCGCUCGGCAUGCGCAGGAAGAUCCUUAGCAGCGGCGGAAUAGAUCCUUUCAAAAUCCAUCGCGAAUCCGAUCCUAAACACUACAACUUUACGGAGGCCGAUAUGGACAGAGAGUUCGUCGUUUAUGGCGAGCUUCCGGGUCCCCCCGUGAGAAGACUCAAGGACAUUGUCGCACUGUUGAGAAAAGCGUAUUGCGGCAAGAUUGGCGCUGAGUAUCGCCAUAUGCUCUCGCGUGAUGAAAAGUUUUGGAUUGGCAACAUUCUGGAAAACGAGAAUGAACGCCCGUUUUCAACAGAGGAGAAAAAGGAGAUCCUGCGUGAUCUGGCCGAAGGGGAGCUGUUUGAAACAUUUCUCGCUCGGAAGCAUAAUACGGCCAAGCGAUUCGGGCUUGAGGGAGGGGAAUCUCUCAUCCCUGGGCUACAGGCGAUGAUUGACCAUGGCUCGCAACUGGGGGUCGAGAACGUCGUCCUGGGGAUGUCGCAUAGAGGCAGGCUCAACGUCCUCGGGAAUGUGGCCCAAAAGCCACUCGAGCAGAUUUUCCAUGAGUUUGUACCACGUGAGGAUCCGUUCGCCGACAGCUACCUUGGCAGUGGAGAUGUCAAGUACCAUUUGGGCACUAGCACCACGAGGAAGAUGCGUUCGGGGAACACGGUUCACUUCUCCCUGUUGGCUAAUCCAAGCCAUUUGGAGGCGGUUGACCCUGUGGUCGUUGGUAAGACGAGAGCGAAGCAGUUUUUCACGGAAGACUUCAACAGGGAGAAGACCAUGGCCCUCAUGUUGCACGGGGAUGCGUCCUUUGCUGGGCAGGGCGUAGUCGCAGAGACGCUUGAGCUCUCCGAUCUCAGGGACUAUACGACUGGCGGGACGAUUCACAUCGUUGUCAACAACCAGAUUGGUUUCACAACGGAUCCAAAGGAGGCUCGCUCCUCUCCGUAUCCUACUGACGUCGCGAAGACUGUCGGCAUGCCUAUUUUCCAUGUAAACGGCGACUGUCCCGAAUCCGUCGUGAAGGUGUGCAAGAUUGCUAUGGAUUACCGCCAGCGCUUUCAAAAGGAUGUCGUUGUGGAUCUGUUUUGCUACAGGAGGCAUGGACACAAUGAGCUGGAUCAGCCCAUGUUCACGCAGCCUCACAUGUACAAGUUGAUCAAGGCACAUGACACCCCCAUGAACAUCUAUGGGAAACAACUUAUUAGCGAGGGAGUGAUUACCGAUGCUGAGUUCAAGGACCUGACAGCUUCAAUCAACAAGAGUCUCCACGAGAAGUUUGAUAUAGGAAAGACGUGGAAACCGAGUGAGAAGGAUUGGCUUUCUUCUCAUUGGAAGGGCAUGAAGAGCGAGGCCGACCACAGUCGGUUACAAACGACUGGUGUGGAGCUCAAAAAGUUACGUCAAGUGGGCAUGAAGCACUGUGAAGUACCGGAAGGGUUCAAGCUACAUUCAAUUUUGCGGAAGCAAUUUGCAGAUCGCAAAAAGUCUUUGGAAAUGGGAGAGGGUAUUUUGUGGGCAACUGCGGAAGCUCUGGCUUUCGGCAGUUUGCUCUUGGAUGGAUUUGCCGUGCGAUUGUCUGGACAGGAUUGCGAGCGCGGUACAUUUUCGCAAAGGCACGCAGUUUUGCACCAUCAGGACGAGGAGGGAAUUUUUGUGCCUCUAAACAACCUUAACAUGGGCGAACAAGCUCACUUCCAAGUUUGUAACUCAAAUCUGUCGGAGAUGGCCGUUCUCGGAUUUGAGAUGGGAUACUCCUUGGAAUCACCGCAAUCUUUGGUAAUGUGGGAAGCUCAGUUCGGGGACUUUGCCAAUGGAGCACAGGUGAUCAUCGACACAUUCCUCGCGGCCGGAGAGCGCAAAUGGAGAAGGCAAUCCGGCCUGACGCUCCUUCUGCCUCAUGGGUACGAGGGACAGGGCCCGGAGCAUUCUUCAGCGAGGUUAGAACGAUAUUUACAAAUGUGCGACGAUGACCCAGAUGUUAUGCCGGACAUGGACCCUCACAAGUCUAAGCAGAUUCAAGAUUGCAACUGGCAGGUGGUAAACUGUUCGACGCCGGCCAACUACUUUCACGUACUUCGUCGUCAAGUGGCAAGGGAGUUCCGCAAGCCAUUGAUUGUGAUGACUCCCAAAUCGCUUUUGCGUGAUCACGUCUGCAAGAGCUCGCUGUCAGAAUUUGGCGAGGGCGCCAUGUUCCGUCGCGUAAUCCCAGACGAAAGCACAGGAAUGGUUACACCAGAAAAAGUUAAACGUCUUGUCUUUUGUUCGGGGAAGGUGUACUACGAUAUCCUGAAGGAGCGUUCAUUGCGGAAUGUGGAAGACGUUGCUAUUGCACGUGUGGAACAAAUUUCGCCGUUUCCGUUUGAUUUGGUCCAGGCUGAAGCUGCAAAGUAUCCGAACGCGGAGGUCGUUUGGCGACAGGAGGAAAGUAAGAACAUGGGUGCCUGGGCUUAUGUUCAACCUCGAUUCGCUACAGCACUUCGGGACCUUGAGAACGGCCAUGAGCGCGGGCAGCUCACGUAUAUCGGGCGCCAGCCGUCAGCUUCUCCCGCUACUGGGUCGAUUAGGACACAUCAACAAGAACAGGUAGCCCUCAACGAGGAGACGUUCACCUACUAGUCUUUGUUCCUGCCCUGCAACUCUGUAGUUUGUUACGCGACGGAAAGACCGGCAGCUCUGAAAAAAACUAAUGAGACCACGCAGCUCGGACAUAGGGAAUCAGUAAACGGCUCAAUACUAAACAGCUCGAUACUAAUUGAAAGCUA